AUGUGCGUCGUAACACUGUCUGUCUGUCUGUCUCGCUGUCUGUCUAACCUCGGCGUCAGUAUAAAUUCAACCAAGUUUUCUUUCUCGCUUUGCAUUUUGCUUGACAUCCCUGAAUCCAUCCCUCCACCGCACCCCCCCGGGCCAGGAAAUCUGGGUGCCUCUCUGACCGGCACUUAUCGCAGGUGUGACGCCACACUUGUCUUAGUCAGCUGCAUACCGCGACACAUCAAGGCGUUCAAGCAGAUUCAUUUGGCUUUUUUAGGCAUUCGUAAAUGUUUGAUAAGAGGAAAGGGCCAGUUUGAAGAGGUUACGUCUUGUUAUGUUCGAGACGUCCGGUCUGUGAUUGUCAAAUUACAAACGUGUCACUCGUCUGGAGAAUUCCUUUGCCCUUUACCCAGCAAUGACGCCCAAAAGGUCUUCUUCUUCUUCUUCUUCUUUCUUUUUUAUCUUCUCAUUUCAUUUUCUUUCACCUUCUUCGCUAUUCUUCUUUCUUCUUCUUUUUUUUCUUCUUUUUGUCUUAUUCGUUUUUCUUCACUCUUCUUUUUCUUCUACUUUGUCUUUUUACUGAUAUUUCUUCUUAUUUUCUUCCCCUUUUCUUCUUCUUCUUUUUUUUCUUCUUCUUUCUUUCUUUCUUUCUUUUUCUUUCAGUUUUGUUUUUUCCUCUUCUUUCCUUUCGUCUCCUUUCUUCUUUUUUUUCUACUUAUUCUUCGUCUUUCUUCUUUUUUUCUUCCUUCUUCGUCUUCCUUCUUCUUCUUCUUCUUCUUCUUCUUUUUCUUCUUCUUUCUUUCAGUUUUGUUUUUUCCUCUUCUUUCUUUUCGUCUCCUUUCUUCUUUUUUUUCUACUUAUUCUUCGUCUUUCUUCUUUCUUCUUUUUUCUUCCUUCUUCGUCUUCCUUCUUCUUCGUCUUUCUUCUUCUUCUUCUUUUUUCUUCCUUCUUCUUUUUCAUGCUUCUUCUUCAUAUUUCCUCUCUUCUUUCAUUUUCUUCGUCUUCUUCUUUUCCUUCUUUCUUCUUCUUUCAACUACUUUUCCUUCUUCAUCAUUCUACUUCUUUCUUCUUUUUCAUUCUUUCUCUCUUCCUUUUUCUUCUUUCUUUUUCUCCUUCUAA